GGGUGAUAUUUGUGUCGACCGCCCAUUUUUGGUGUCAUUCAUUUGUGCUUCUGGUGUUGCUAUUGAUAAUGAUGGUGGAAGAUUGACCGGGGGAAUUAUUCGUGUAUUGUGAUAUGCAGCCGUGGUUGUGAUUGGUGAAUGGAUUGGUGUUGUUUUGCUGAUAAUGCGAUAUUUGAUCUAGUUGGAGCAUUUUACUGAUGAUCGAAACGAGGAGUUAGUAGAAAAGAAGUGUACAUGUGAAAUUGGUUAUCCAGGUGAGACCAGCCCGCUAUUUGCAUAUACUCACGACGACACGGUCGACUACGGCACGGACGGAUAUUUCCAUCUACCUACAUCGGUGGCUGGCUAGCAUUCAACGUGCUCCAUCCGCCUGGCUAGGAUUAGCGAAGCUGAGCUGCAGCAGUUGCGGUUUUUGAGGUUAGAACUGACUCGGCUCGCCUACUGUACCUCGCCUAGGAACCGCAUGCUCUCGUUUUUCAAUCAAAGUCACCCGUUUGUGGACGAACGACGAUUGCUGCGAUCGGUGACCUUGGGAGGACCUACCCCUCGCUGCUGUCUAGUUACUCACGGAUCUCUCUCUAUCGCUGUCUCUGGUCCAUUGCACCGCACCCGUGUGUCUUGAUUACCGUACCUGCUAUAUUGACUCACGCAAUUACGGCGCGUGUUUGGUUUGGAGCAGUGAAGAAAGAAAAGAAGAAGAAAAAUGCCAGUUCACCGAAGCUAAUAUUGAAGAAGCGAAAAUAAUAAGUGCAAAUAGCAGCUAAGACAGGUCAAUGAAGUCGAUGUAAAAGGUGUGUCGCGUGUGCGGAUUCCGAGUUUGGUAGCUCCGGUGGCAUGCAUUCCAACAACGGCGCAGAGCUGUACGUAAAAGUGUAGCAUGUGCGCGAUCGGAGUAAAUUUGUUUGUUUAAUCGGAGGGUUCAGCUGUUGCGGCUGCGGAUGAUGCAAAUCGGAAUAAUUUAUUCAGUUGUAUUCUACUUUAACCAGAAGAAGAAAUGAGUAAAAGCCACCGUGUUCGUUGGUAAUUAUUGGUAUGCGGAGAAUGUGAAACGGCAAGGUGUUUGGGCUGCCGCUGGACGAUCAAUGAAUUCGUAAUUUCCGACGCAUUUGAAAUUGUAAUUUCAAGGAAACGAGACUCCCUCCGUCAUCGUUUUGCUUGCUGCUGCCCUGAAGAUUUAUCCGCGUGCGCACUUUGGAGCACACACACCGCCCGUAGAUAACCGUAGACCGACCAGAUCCGACUGCACCACGUCCUCAAAACGCAGUCAUGGAACCUUCCGUCCUCGGUUAGUAAUCCAGCCGUAAGCUCGGAAAUUCAAAUGACAUCAAAUUUUGGGAAAUUCCCUCCGCUCAACGCAAAUGCACAGUUAUCCGAUGAUUGUGGACAGCGGUUGUGAUUAAUCGGGCCAAUCGGGAUGACCGAACCUGCUGUCGCUGCUGCUUCCACUUCUUCAUCGUGUUCUGUAACGGUGGCCGGCAUAGUGGGUAUGUUUGAAUCUCAGUCGACAACUGACGUCAAAGCCGCUGUCAGAGCUACUGGCCAUAUUUGUUCGGUGCUGGGCAGACGAGGUGCGAAGGAGACGGCAGGAGACAACGGUAUCUUUAGUUGCUCGCUUGAGCUGGCUGAUAAGGCCGUUAAAGACUACAACGACGACGACGACGAGGGUGAAAUGACCGGUACAAAAGCGGUUGGCAGUGGUGGCAGACCGCGGCAGCGGAAGACAGCCGUCUACAAGCGUUACUGGGACGGAGAUGGCGAAGGAGAACGACGCUCCGGGUCCGGAUCCGGGUCGUUUUCCUCCGGGGUCGAAAGUGACGAGGACAUGGUCCGGUUUCCGUGCGUCGAACGGCUUAUUGAGAUGUAUGCAAACAUUAUCAAGCAGAAGGAAGCCGAAACGCAGACCUUCCUGAACAGUAUAGCCGUUGGUGGCAAGAAGGGUAGAGGUGGGCGGGUAGACGGUGAUAAAAGGCGAUUAGAUAAGACGGCAGUCGUGGCUGGUGAUAAGACAGGUGCUAACGUUGCCACUGAAGUACAGUCGAGUACGGUAAGCAGUACAGCACUGGUAGAGCAGCUGGAUGCCAGCAGUUCAGCUCGCAUUCGAGAAACUAGAAGUCCCGUAUCGGACGACGGUUGGAGUACCACUCAGCAGAGUCCUUACUGUUCAAGUGACGAAGAAAGCUCAGGUAGAGUACAGCUGAAGAUGAAAAACCGAGACAAGGUCACCCGUUCGUCGAGUUCAGAUUCCGCCCUCGGGUUGGAUGAAGACAUCGGUCAACAGGAGCAACAGCAGAUCAUCAACACUGUCGGCAAGACGCGCCGUCUAACUCUCGGGGUGUUGGAUAUUCCCCUGCGCGCAGCACUUCUGCCUGUGGCAGAACCAGCACUGCUCCCGACCUCGGACAAUGUACCCACCACCGGAGACCACUGCCCGACGGUCGUUCGCAGCAAAAUGAUCCUGGAAGCUCAGCUCAUCGAACUCCCGCUUGCUUCUUAUUCACCCCUCGCAGACUCCGGUUCAACGGAGGCCCUCGGCUGUCCUAGCAAUUCGAUCUCCCGCCGAGAGUCCGCCCAGAGCUACGUUAGCGAUUCCGGAGUCGACGGAGUUCGCUACGUUCGGACACCAUCCGUAGUCGUAUCGGACUACUCCGAUGACACCAUGUGCGGCAUUACCCUCGAGGAAAUAGAAUACCUCCGGAGACAUCGGCUUCGCCGGGCAUCCACCGAUUGCGACUCGGACGUUAGUGCGGCCUCGUCAUGUAGUAAUUUGAACUACUGCGGCUCGUCGAUCAGUGCGUUGGAAGGUUGUGACUAUCAGUGCGGCCUGCGGACACCGGAACGGAAGGUAUCCGACUGUUCGACCUGUUCCACCCUGAGCUGCGAAGAGGACGAUGGCGUUCUGAAGCAACGGUUGCAGGAUCUCGGUCUACGGCCACCGGUGGUCUGCAGUGAUCUCAACGAGAAGGCGUUCCCGGACCUGAACGCCAAAAAGCGGCCAACCAAAAAGAAGGUUUGUAACCAUUGAUUGAUGCGAUUCGUCGUUUGUUUGGUAGCGCUUAAGGUUACUCUAGAGUUCAGACAAAUUUGGGUGUAUUGACUAGUCCGAUAACAGGUUACACGCAAGAUCUUCUGCUGUGUGUGUAUGUAUAUAUAAAUCUCCGAUGCGCUCAGAAGCGAGUGAUGUGCUAAUAUGUAUUAUUGUUACUUCUUAUUGUUAUGUUACCGUGUAAUAAAGAUAAGGAAAGACGUA